GUUCUAAAAUGUCGAGAACAAAGAUCCUCAUCGUUGGUUGCGGAGCUGUUGGCCUGACGCAGGGACAUAUUCUCUCUUCCGGCGCCGACAUCACAUAUCUUGUACGACCUGGCCGCACUUCAGCGUUCAAAGGACCCAAGAAACUUUACGACUACAAAGAGAACAUACUCCGCACCUUUGAACACUACCGGAUUAUCGAAUCGCCGAACGAAGUUGCUGACGAGGAAUUCUUCUGCGUCCUCGACACGCUAGACGGGCACACUGCGCGCUCUGAAUCCGGCCAAGCCACAAUCAAAGCUGUGGGCGAUUUAAUCCGCGACCAUCCCUCGACUUUUGUCCUCUUCGGUGCUAUGGGAAUCGACAUGGUAGAUUACUACGCCAGCACAAUGAAAAUCUCUAAAGAGCGACUUAACUUCUGCGGAAGUAUACUCGCGCACCAGCCAACAAAAAGCAUCCCGAUCCCCGCCUCUGCCGACGCCAGCUUGAUCGCUCAAGCCGACAUACUGUUCUCAUACAACACCGGAAAUUAUGGAAUGACCUUGAUUAACACGAACCCAAAACUUGUCAAAGCGUUCAGCGACGUGUACAAUAAGCACCCAAAACUACGCGUUAGGGCCAUGCCAGCUUUCUUGGAAUCAUCCGGUCUUAUUAUGGUCGUAAUGGUGCAGCUGAUGGCAGAAAGUAUAGACGGGUGGCGCACGCUGCCGAGACUCCGCGAAAAUACAGAGGUGUGGAAUCUAAUGCUCAGGGCGCAAGCUGAGAUGUUUAGCCUGCCACGAUAUGGCUGGACGGGAAAGCUGAUGGCAAUGCUGUUUGGAUCGUGGGUUACGGCGAGGUUCAUGGAGAUGCCGGUUAAGGAUGCGCUACCGUUGCAGUGGCAUGAGUUCAAUGCUUUUCAUCAUGGCAGUAAGGUUGUCAAGCAAAAUCUCAUGUUGCUCGAAGAGUUGAUUGCCGAGGGGGAGAAGGAGGAACACAAGAUGGUUGCGCUGCGCGAGCUUGUAAAGAGGGCAAGGGAGAAGGCAAAAGAUGUAAACAAUGUAUCUUAGUGUAAAAUUAGCAAGGCACAAUUCUCGAGAAAGCCGCACAGGAUGUUAUUAUAGAUAAUACUACACAAGAAGAGCAAGAGUAUACAAAAGACUUCGUGAGUGUAGUCUCUAUACUUCUUUAAGCGUCUCUACUCUUUUACAAUACUUAAGAAGAACUUACAUAAGACUAAGAUAGUGCUAUAAUAUAUGCAAUAUUUUAGUUAGUAGGGCUAUAGAAUAGAAGAUCUCCUAACACUCAUACCUUACUUAAGUUACCCACCUAACUACUAAUCCGCCGGUAUCUUGCUUGUAUAUCGUUG